AUGGAGGUUUUUGUCGGGGGCGGCGUGCCGGGUAUAAAAGGCCUGUCGGCCAAGCAGCCCCACAUUCCCGCUUGUGAUCUCACUCGCAACACACGCUCUCUCAAUACAACUUUCAACAUGUCUUUCUACGCCAACAACGAAUAUAUCAUCGCAACCAACAACUCGAUUAACGAGAAUAAAUACAACACGGAAAAGAUGAAGAACAGCGGCAUCAAAGCACUUUUGAAGCCACUAAUGAAGAUCAUUAAGAAAUCGACAAAACGUAUUCCCGCCAAAUGCGACACGUGCUACGAGGACGAACAGAACUCUAACAACGAGAUGUUGGAGCGCAAAAUUUAUUCGGAUAUGGAAACCUGUUCUCCGGGAGCUGCAUUUCUUGUUUGCAACGGUGAUGACACGUGCGAUAUCGUACCAGUGAACCCUAACAACUUCUACGUACCAGUGCACUUUGCCCGGACGGAAGCAGGAACCUUCUUCUGGACUACUGUCUCAAAACAGGACGCCGACUUCGCUGCAUCACAUUGUUACACCGAAUGCCAGACCGCAGAACAGCAAUACCCGGCCUUCCAUGAUCGUUGGGUACAAGCUUAAUGUCUCCAAUGCAACACAAAUCAGUGUCUUCCGUGAAACCAGUGCCGUGUCGUUGGUUUCUGCAAUCGUCUGUGAUGUUAGCUUUAAUUCUCCAGUGCCAUGUAGGAUAAGUUAGGGUUAGGUAUUGCUAACGUGAUAACUCCUCAAAAGCUUUAAUGUUUCCCGAUGUGAUAUUUUGAAUAUGUUGUUUUGUAUAAAUUAAGGUAGAGAACUAACGAAUUCUGUAAUUGUUUAUGGAAUGUUAGGUCUUUCGAACAUUAAUUGUGAUGCUAUUGUAAGCUUUAAUUGUUUUAGGUAUAAUAGUUUAUUUAUAUCAAUCGAUCUUCCAUGAUAAAAUAUAAAAUAAAAAACAAAUUAAAAAUAUUUCAACUCUUUUACUUUCUGCAACCCUGCUUGAAACUAAUAAUAUAUACAAAUGAAAUAAUCUAAGACAUCAGCCCGAUUUUAAUCAUAUCAUAAUCUUUAUAUUGAAUAUAAACGUUUUAAGACGAAAUGAAAUCUGGUAGAAAGAAACUUGUUGC